UUUAUUCUUCUUUCUCCCCCUCCUCCCUUCCUUUGCAGCUGCUUGCUCCUGCUCCUGGGUGCUUUUGCCGCAGAAAGGGAGGAAAGAGAAGGAGAGGAGGAAGGCUGUGCUCUGCUGCUCUGCCUCCCCACAGAAGCUCCACUGCAGCAGAGGAGGAAGAGAAGAGGCAGAGCAGCCUCCUUUGCCCCCCUAAAAAGGGGCUUUGGGGCUUUCCGGCUCUGGCUCCCCUGGAAAUGGAGCCCCCACAGCCUCCCUCCACUCCUGCUGCUCCCGGGGCUCCAGCCCCAGCUCCGGGGGCCUUUUCCCUGGCCGCCCCUGAACAGCAGCAGCAGCAGCAGCACUACGCGGAGCUCUGGGCUCUGGUCUGCAGAGGAGCAGCAGCAGCAGCAGCAGGAGGAGGAGGAGGCAUCCCUGGCCAAGCGGCGCCGGAGGGGAGCAAAGUGGCCGAGUUGUUCCGGGCGUCGCAGCUCCCCACCGAGACCCUGCACCAGAUUACAGAACUUUGUGGUGCAAAACGUGUUGGUUAUUUUGGUCGUGCUCAGUUUUAUACUGCUCUGAAGCUAAUAGCUGCUGCACAGUCUGGUCUCCCAGUACGGAUAGAGAGCAUUCAGAAUGAGCUGCCUUUGCCUCGAUUUAUGGCACUGAAAACUGAUAGUGAAACAAGGUACGGUCAUCCAACAGAAGCCCUUGGAACCAAAUUUCAGAUUUCACAUGCAACAGUUGAAAAAAACUGCUUUAGAAGGUUGGAUGAAGGAGACAAGCAGCAAGAAGCAAAAUCUCCCCCUAUGUCUCCCAUUGGCUCACCCCCUGCUUCUCCAUCCAGCUACCAAAGGAUUCCCUUGAGUUAUGGCUAUGGUAUAUUGAGAAGCGGACUUGAGCAGCAGCAUGGAGGUUCCUAUGAAGCCAGAAUUCUUACUCACCAGCAAGAUGGACCAACAUCAGGAAGCUAUGGAUCAAAAUCACUACCGACACAUUCCUCUCUCGUUCGGUCUCUUUCAGUAGAGAGAGAACCACAGGACAGCAGUAGUAAUUACCCAGAUGACCCCUGGAGGAUAACUGAGGAACAACGAGAAUAUUACAUCAACCAGUUCAAGUCCCUACAACCUGAUCUAAACUCUUUCAUUUCAGGUUCUGUGGCUAAGAACUUCUUCACAAAAUCUAAGCUACCUAUCCCUGAGCUUUCACACAUAUGGGAACUUAGUGAUGUAGACCGUGAUGGUGCAUUGACAUUAGCAGAGUUCUGUGCUGCCUUUCACCUCAUUGUUGCACGGAAGAAUGGCUAUCUUUUGCCAGACACCUUGCCAGAGACUCUGCUCCCUGACUAUCUUCAACCAGCAUCCCUCAAGUCUAAAAGUGAUCAUGUGUUGAAUUCUUAUUCAGAAUCUUUGUCAAUAAGUCAACAAACAAGGGAUUUCAGUAGGACUGAGCUUGAAACUGUCAGUGAGGAUCCAAACAAUUCAGAACCAUUGAUUCAUUUUGAAACAGCAUCUCUUGAACCAGGAACAGCACUUGAAGAGAUGCCUGAUAAAGCUCCCUUGACACAGGACACAAUUAAGGAUGAGAAACAAGGUCUGAAAAUUAGUUCUUCUGCCCAAGCGGUACCAAAGGAGUUUAAAGUAUCUCAACACUUGGCUUUCAAAACAGUUGCUCAGGAAUCAAACACAAUCAAAGCAAGACCACGGUCUAGGUCUUACUCUAGCACAUCUAUUGAGGAUGCAGUGAAAAAAGGGGGAGAACCACCAACUCCCCCACCAAGGCCACAGAAAUCACAUUCCAGAGCAUCCUCCUUAGAUCUAAACAAAAUCUUCCAGCAAAACACUCAAGCACUUAGGGCAGGCUGGCUACCACCACCACCACCUGCUCUACCCCCUAGACCUUUUGUAUCACAGGCUUCUCACCCUAUCACAAAUACUGAAUCAAAUGGUCAGCUCAAUUCAAGCUACGUAGACUUCAGACUUCAAGAACAGAUGGAACAAGAGUCUGAGACUGAAGUACAUUUGUCUCUGAGCAGAACCUCCUCACAGGCAGAAGAAAGUAGUCCAAUAAAAAAGGAAGUUUUGCUCACUCAACCACCAUCAAAACCGAUUCGCAGGAAAUUUCGGCCUGAAAGCCAGAUGCUGGAGAAUCAGGAAGUUUCUCCCACGAAAGGUGUACCCUCUUCCUUGCCUGCCAUCAAGUCCCACCAUUCAAUUCCAAGACAGUCAUCAAAACAGAAGAAAGCUAUACAGACUGCUAUUCGGAAAAACAAAGAAGCCAAUGCUGUGCUAGCUCGGUUGAAUAGUGAACUGCAGCAACAGCUAAAGGAAGUUCACAAAGAACGAACUACACUGGAAAGUCAGUUGGAGCAACUCCGGCCUGUAACUGUUUUAUGACAUUCUGCAAUGGAACAUUUGAUUUCCAAAAACUUCAAGACUUUAUCCGCACAAUGUAUUGACAUAAUCAUUUUUCACUAGGGCAACAACACUUGGGAAAAGUGAAUGCCAUAUUUCUUUUGCAUUUCUUGCACCAGUUUACCUUGCUGAUGAAGAAGUAUACAAUCUGAAU